AUGGCGCAACCCAACGGAAAGCCCGCAAAAGUGGAAGAGGAACACGCCAUCAACUGCCAGGAUUUGGUGUAUGCCUUCCAGGAGGGAGCGGAGUCAGCCUUGACCGGCGCGACAUUGCAGCUGCCUCGAGGAGCCAGGUGUCUCCUCGUCGGUGCCAACGGAGCUGGUAAAUCCACUAUGCUCCGCAUUCUGGCUGGAAAGCGACUCACCAAGACUCGGUGCUGCCGAAUUCUUGGGCAGGAUGUGUUCAUGAACCCUCCUGGAGGCGUCAUCUACCUCGGUACCGAGUGGUCCAACAAUCCCGUCGUCCGAGGCGACAUUGUCGUUUCUGAAUUCCUUGACUCGGUCGGUGGAUAUCGGCACAAGGUCCGCCGAGACCGGCUCUUGUCCAUCCUCGACGUCGACCUUGACUGGCACAUGCACCAGAUCUCAGACGGAGAGCGGAGGAGAGUACAGCUCUGUAUGGGUCUCAUGACUGAAUGGGACGUUUUGCUGCUUGACGAGGUCACUGUCGAUCUUGACGUUCUCGUCCGGUCUGAUCUUCUCGCUUUCCUCGUCGAGGAGUCCGAGACCCGCGGCGCGACUAUCGUCUACGCAACGCACAUCUUUGACGGCCUGACUGUCUUUCCCACGCACAUCGCCCACCUCCAGCUCGGCGCCACACCCGACGACCUCGUCAUGUGGGACACCAAGCGCCCGACCGAGGACCUCUUCAACCUCGCUUUGAACUGGAUUAGGGUCGAUCGGGAUUUGAGGCGGGAGCAGGAGAAGGCUAGGGGAAGGGAGCGGGGGCCUAAGAACGAUGUGAGUCUGCUUUACACGCGGUGA